UAAUCGUGCACACGAAGAGAUGAUAAACAAGAUGUCACAUCUCAACAUCGGGCCUGUUCGUGCAUUUAACAUUAUGAAGGAAGUGUAUGGUGGGUUCGACAAAGUCGGUGCUACCAAAGUCGAUUUUAAAAAUUUCAAGAAAGAAUUAAAUCUUUUUAUCGGAGAGUUUGAUGCGGAAAUGUUUGUCAAGCGACUGAUGAGGAAAAAGGAGUUUUUACCGAACUUCUCUUGUGAAUAUGAAACCACAGACGAAGGUGUGUUGAAGUGCAUUUUUUGGGCCGACGAGGAUAUGAAGAGAAAUUAUUACAUGUUUGGGGACGUUAUAUCAUUUGAUGCUACCUACAAGCGUAACAAGUAUAACAUGAUGUUUGUCCCUUUCACUGGGAUUGAUAAUCAUAAUAGGAACGUGACACUUGGUGCUGCAAUUCUCGGUUCUGAAACGGCAGAGACGUAUAGCUGGUUACUUAGGGCGAUCAAGAACGCAUACGGGUACGCGCCUCCUGUAAUCGUUACUGACCAAGACCCUGCGAUGAAAAGGGCUAUAGCUGAUGUUUGGCCUGAGUCGAGGCAUCGGUUAUGUAUGUGGCAUAUCAUGGAUAAACUCACUACAAAGGUCGGGGCUGCCCUAUGUUCAAAUACAGAUUUCAGGAAAAGAUUGUCUACAGUUGUUUGGACUGAUUCUCUAUUGCCCGAAGCUUUUGAGGCUGAAUGGGCAGCUAUUAUUCAUGAUUUCGGUUUAACCGACCAUGAAUGGCUGACGUAUAUAUAUGGGCUACGUGAAUCAUGGAUUCCAGCUUACUAUCGUGAAGAAGAAAUGUCUGGUCUUAUGCGGACAUCAUCUAGGUCCGAAAGCGAGAAUCACUUUUUUGGCAAAAUUAGCAAUCCAAAGUGCACGUUGGUUGAAUUUCUUAGCCACUUUGAUACGGCUAUUGAAGCGCAAAGGCACGAGCACCGAAAAAACGAUCAUGACACUCGAUACACCAACCCUGGAGAGUGGAGUGAUUUUGUUCUCGAGAAGCAAGCAGCUCAGAUAUAUACUAGAACUUUAUUUUUGGAUGUUCAACUCGAGAUUCAACAUGCUAUCCAUCGUUGUACGAGUGUCAGAUUAGAUCACGUCGGUGAUUUCAUUAAGUUUUUUAUAAAGGAUCUCGAUCAACCAUGUUCUUCGUUCUUCGAGGUUAUGAUACGCGAGGAGGAUGUUACUGUUAAGUGUAUCUGCAACAGGUUUGAGCAGUUUGGACUGUUGUGUAGUCACAUUUUUUGCGUGUUACGGAUUCUUGACAUAAGGGAGUUUCCGAAACAAUAUAUAUUGAGGCGUUGGACGCGUGAGGCUGUUCCAAAUAGUUCCCCCGGGUCCAUUCUUACGGAUGGUGGAGAUCCAGAUCGUAGUGAGGAGGUUAACCGGUGUGUUCGGGAGAUUAGUCACGCAACUGAGUAUGUCGUGAACAAGUUGAUUUCAAAAUUUGAUAAGUUGUCUGAUUUUCGUGAUCAUAUCAAGCAGUUUAUGUCAGUCGCGGAUGAAGCUCAAAUAAAUGCACCUCCCAAGACACGACGUAAUCGGUUUGCUGAACUGCUAGGAGUUGCUCUAGAGAGCACGACCACUAUCCGUGUUCCAGUUGGUACCAGGUUCAAGGGCUGUGGUUCUCAUAAACGCCUUAAAUCUCAAAAGGAGCGAGCCAUAAGUCAGUCUGGUAGUAAACGUCGUCAAUGUUCAUUAUGUAAAAAAUACGGUCAUAACAGAGUAACGUGCUGGAAAUACACCGUGGCUGGGACUGAGGCAGGUUCUUCGCGGAAUGCUGGAGGUAAUGAAGAUACAAUUCAUGAAGGAGAUGCUGCUAUGGUUGUUCAAGGUGAUGGUCCUGGAUCGAACGAUGACGAUGAUGUGUUUUACACAUCUGGAAACGAUGCAGAUAUGGAUGAUGAGGACAUGGCAUAG